AUGACUGAAGUUUUACAAAUUGACUCAAUCUAUAUUCUAUAUCCAAACACUAUAAUUGUAGAACCUGUUCAAUUCUCGACGAAAGUGCAUGAAGUUUACACGGAUGUAACAUUGUUAUCUAAUACGUUAAGUAAACUGCUCAGCACACAACGACAACGACGUAGAAGAAAUGAUUUUUUACAUGAUGCAUUUACUAUCAGUUCAUUUUCUACAAUCGACUCUUUUACUAGAAGCGAAACGGCUUUCACCACUAGUAAAGUACCUUUUUCGACAUCAUCUGAUAAUACAAAUAAUACAAAGCGACAAGAGGCUGAAUUUAUGUAUUCACAAUUCUUACAAGGUAUUUUAAUUGAAAUUUCAUCGACUCAGGAGGAACUGAUCAAAUUUUGCCGUACAAAGUAUGAUGGUGAUGAAUCGCAAUUAAACUAUAUCGAGCAAUUUGAAGAUUAUUAUAUCCCUUCGAGCGCUGUCUACUGGUAUACGCGUGACACAUUCCUCUAUCGCCUGUUAAACAAAGCAUUGAGGGAAUACGACAUUGAUACACUUUAUCCACUACGAUACUACAUUAAAGACCUUCACUCACAACUCAAAGAAAAACACGCAUCACAACAACAACUAUUGAAAAUAAUUGCUAUUCUUUGUGAUACAUCUGAUCGCACCGUGGCAAUUGUUUAUCGGGGGCAGCUGAUGGCCAAUGUAGAAUUUGAUGAAAAGAUUCUACAGAAAAAAGGAGGUUUCUUUUCCGUGAGUAGUUUUCUAUCAACAACCUGUGUUAAACAUCUGGCCAGCAUCUAUGCGGGUGAAGAUGGUGGUAGCGGCGUAGAUUCUAACUCGCAACGCAUUUUGUUUGAAAUUGUUAUUGAUAAGAGUGUAAACAAAUUUCCAUAUGCAAAUAUUUCGGCCGACAGUGCAUUUGACGAAAACGAAAACGAAAUUCUCUUCACAAUGGGAGCAGUUUUCCGAAUAUUGUCGAUAUGUCAAAAUGGUGAAGGAAUUUGGAUGGUACAACUAAAACUAACUGGUGAAGAGGACAAAGAGCUAAGAACACUAACUGAGUAUAUGAGGAAUGACAUAAUUAAUUGUUAUCCCUUAAUUAGUUUGGCACAACUAAUGGAAGUGAUGGGUUACCACAGUAAGGCUGCGCAGUUCUAUCGUUCAUUACUCGGAGAUCAGAAAAUUAAGGAAGACUACAACGCACUCUCAAACGUACACAACAAUCUUGGCUUAAUGUACAGACACAUGGGUAAGGAGCUAGACGCAAUCAAACACUAUGAAAAAUCACUUGAAAUCAUUCUGCCACAUUCAUCGUCCAAAGAUCCAAGAGCAGCAGUGACAUAUAACAAUCUUGGAACCAUCUAUCUUCAACAAAAUGAUUUUGAUAAAGCUUUAUCAUAUUUCAAGAAGGCCUUAGCUAUAUAUUCAAGUGCAACAAUCCUCAAGCCAAGUGUAGCUGUAAAGACGAUUAAUAAUAUUGGAAUGUGCUAUUACGAACAAAGAGAGUAUCAGAAAGCAUUAGAUAUGUAUCUAGAAGCUCUUGGGAUUCAAUUCAAUAAUCUUCCACAUAAUCAUCCAGACAUUGCAACGACAUAUAACAACAUAUCCAUAGUCUACAAUGAUCUCAAAGACUACAAAAAUGCAGUCGAAUAUAUGAAGAAAGCUCUUCAAAUUGAAUCGAUUUCACUUUCUUCAGACCAUUCGUCGCUGAGUAGAAUUUACAGCAAUCUGUCUGAUGCAUUAUUUAAAGAUGGUAAAUUCAAUGAAGCGUUACAGUAUAUGAAGAAAAAACAUGAAAUUGAUUUGAAAAAUUCACCGACCGAUCAUAAUACCUUAAACAAUAAUUUAGUGACACAUUCAGGAUUUGCAGGUCUGAGUCGAAAUUCAUCGACCGGCCCGAUUGCUAGUGGUCGAACCUUCGUCGAUUCGGCAUACAAGCAGAAUUUGACAAUUCGGCCCUCAAUCAGUCACCUGUCGACACCUUCAGUGCCACUAAAGCACUUACAUCGGCGGCAACUACCCGAUUGUGCACCAGAACGUACGACAAAGCGUACUCUACGCCGCCGGAGACGUCAGCGGCUAGAGGUGCGUAUUGCAACUGGAAGUGGCAGUUGUAAAAAACCGCCCGACCUGCAAUCAUCAGUUCGGUUAGCGACCCCUCGACAUGUUGUCGAAGAGCCAGUCGCUAUCGAACCAUGCCGGUGUUUUUCGCCACGAGGCGAAAUAUCGGAAGGUUCCUCCGGCGAGUCCCCCGAUGCAAGGACCCCAGACCGUGUCAGCGAUGAAUCUUUUUCGGCCGAUUCCACGGAAGAAGGGAUGCUUCUAGACCGAUCGCCGGACGACGGAGUCAGCGAUCUCGACGAAUUGGCGGCGCGGCACACCUCGAACUCGACCGCGAACUCCACACAGCAACGGAGAGUGCCGCCGAAUAAUAUGGUAACCUCGAAACCACCACUGACAAAAAGUUUCUUGAGACGUCAACGUCGAAAUAGAAAUAGAUUUCAAGCUGCUCAGGCUACGAAUGGAAACUUGCUGUUGGGCGAUAAUAGGUUUGCCGCUCUAGCUGAAUUCGACGGUCAAAACGAUAACGGCGUUGAUCGGAAUCAGAAGCAGACAACGGCAGCGAAUAUGUCCACAGUUUCUAGUCGUCCUACUAGAAAGCAGAAAAAACAACCCCGUCAAUUUGUGGCGGAAGACGAAGACAAAGGACAGGAGCCCUUAUCGAAAGCGGUGCCCCUUUAUGAUAAUGAUAAAAAAUUUUCUAGUAACGCAGUAACGCAUGCGUUACUCGUUACCAGUAACGCAUAA